CGAUGGGCCCAUUCCAUAUCUGGCUGUCAAACGUGCUCCCCUCUCUUUUCUUUAUCAAUUUGAUGUUAAAAGAACAGAAAAAGAAAACAAAGACGCAAGAUGAGCGAUCUGGAGGACAUGGACAGCGAGCGCUUGAAUGAGCUGGAGUCCAUUCUGUACGCGUCCAUCCAUUACAGCGAUCAUGGAGCUGGCGAAGCUUGUGCUGGUGAAAUCACACCGUCUGUGGCCGAACAGCGGGCCGUGGAUGCACAACACAUGCCACCACCGCCACAGCAGCAGCAGAAGCCGCAGGUCCAGCGCAUUGUCAGCGAGAAACGUGUAAUCAACAAUGCAGUCGCCAAACCACGCUACUGGGCGGAAGGCAACGAGGAUGGUGCAGCCAGCACAAAAUCUCCAAAUGUUUCCACAGUCCAUGGUACUUGUGUCUUUCCAGCUGCUGAAGUCACCUCUACUUCGACUUCAACGCCCAAGGAGGCAGACAAGCCAAAUGGCAAACGCCCGUCACUGCCAAACAGGAAGGAAACGCUAAACUUCCCAAAAACACCACAGCCGAAGCAACAAAAUCAGCAGAAGGACAAGGUGAAGCCUUCCCCCCAGCAACAACCCCAACCAGAGCAGAAGGACAGGGAGAAUCCAUCGCCAAAGCUACAGCCAAGAGUAGAACAGAAGGAUAACAAGUGGAAGAGCUCACCAAAGCCACAAACAAAAGCAGAACAAAAGCCAAAACCUGCACAGAAGUCACAGGCAGAACAGAAACCAAAAACUCAACAGCAGCAACAGCAACAGGCGGAUGAUGAGCCCGAACGCUUUGACCAGAAACUACUCGUGGCCAUACCCUCAAACUGGCCGCCCAAGAAGCAGAAGGGAAAGCAACAGCAGGUCAAAUCCGAACCGGGACCCUUCAGCAAGGCCAAUCGCAAGCUGAUCCAAAUGGAGCGCCUGGCGGCCAAGAAGCUGAAGUCCAAACAGGCGCUGGCCAACAAGAAGCAGCGCAAGCCAACGGAACCCGUGGCAUUUGUGGACUUGGCCGAAACGUCCAACGAGGAUGACGAUGAUGUGAUACUCGUGCCACUGCCACCUGUGCCGGUGAUCGAUCUGGAUACCAGUGACACGGAUCAGAACAGUGUAGCGGAUCAAUAUCACGAGGAGAAUGCCAUGGACGCUGCCGAUGUGGUAAUGAGUAUCUCCUGCAUCACCCAACCGGAGGCAGGAGCUGCUCCUAUGACGCCACCGCUGUACUCGCCCUGCAAUUCAGUCUUGUCCAGCGAUGAUUUUAUCGUGCAAAAGGACACGAGUCGCCUGCUGGAGGAUAGCGCUCGGGCCACAGACGAGGAUCUCCUGGUGCUGACGGAGAAUGCCAUCAGAGAGGCUGCCGGUCAGCAGGAUGUCGAUAUGGAGCAGCAGGGGCCAGAUGCAGAUGCAGAGGCAGAUGCAGAUGUAGACGUAGAGCUACCUCAAGGGGCCGAUCUAGCGGCCGAAACCUCCUCCGAGUACGAGUUUGUGCCGCCCUCGCGACUGGAGGAGAUCAAGCAGAAUUAUCGCGUGGAUGAUCACCAACAGUACCGAGCGCUGGAUGUCUACGAAAGCGAAUCGGAUCUCACCGAGAGCGGCAUCUACUCCAAGGCCAAGGCAAAGACCACUCCCACUAUUAUACGCAGCGUGGAGUCGCCAUCGGAUAGCUCCGAUGUGGCGGAGGUCGUGGAACCAACCGUGAACAAGAUGAAGCGGCUGCGCAAGCGUCGCUCGUCGAGCACAAACCAAAGCCAGUCCGAGGCCAACAACGACGACGACGAGGAGGAUACGGACAGCGAGGAUGGGGUGCAGCCCACAGGAGUCCCAGGCAUUGCCCGUGGCAUGGCUGUGGAGCGUUGCAAGCGCAAGAUACGCCGCCUCAGCGCUCGCCGUAGCUCGGAGGAUAUACAAAAAAAAGCGCCAGCAUACCCACGGAUUGCUAAUCUAAAGCCAAUACACGAGUCUAGCUCCAAUUCCGCUUCGGAGGAUGAUCUGCCCAAUGCCCGGGCCAUAGCCGAGCGUCUGCUGCAGCAGGAGCAGGCCAAGGAGAGGGGACAGGGAGGGAACCACGAGGUUCAGCAGCUGCGCGAAGCUCAAGCGGAUGAUCCGCUAGAAACUCUUUCAAUUGGCAGCGAUGCAGACUCCCAAAAUGAGGCAGAGUUCAACAGUGCCGUCACCGAUCGCGUAUUGGCGAUCUUCGAGCGCGUUGAUGCCGGUACACGCAAAGUACCGCCAGCGGAGGUGAGCGGAGUAGCGCUCUCUGAGGAAGAGGAGCCUUACCAGUAUGCAGCGGACACUACGAUGCCAACGGAGGACUAUCCCCCGGAGGAGAUUGAAGCAGAGCCAACGAUCAAAGUGGAACACAAUCUCACAGAGCUGAUAGACGAGCCUGUGCCCACGGGCGGGCAACUGGUUGGCUGGAAUGAGGAAAUGUGCUGCUUCUACAACGACAGCUGGCAGGGCGAGAACUUCAGUGUCCAAAAAAUCCAAAGAGCCAUGAAUGGGCGUCGACAGGAGUGGAGGAUCGUUAACGAGGACCGAUACCCGGUGGUUCGUCCUCGCUCACGCGCCAAGUGCACCAACUGCGCCGAAAUGGGCCACAUGCGAUCCAAAUGUCCGCGUCCACGCAAGCCGCUUGUCUGUCACAUGUGCGGCAAGGCGGGCCAUGCCGAGCCACGCUGCCCCAAUGCCAUCUGCCUGGGUUGCGGCGCCAAGCAGUCGAUCUAUGUGCAGCAGUGCAACAAGUGCUCAUUCCACAGUCGCCUCAUCUGUCAGCUGUGCAAGAUGCGGGGCCAUGGCGUGGACCAUUGCCCGGACAAGUGGCGUCGCUACCACUCAACGAUCCGUUCGAAUGUGCCACUUCAGAGCAAUGUCAAGUACAAUGCAAAGCAGUGCAGCUAUUGCGCCGGAAAGGGACAUCUCUUUGAGAACUGCCGCCAGCGCAUUGGCGAGUUUCGCAGCCAAACGUACGCUUCGCACAUUGUGUCGCAUCAGAAGACCUACAAGGAUCGCAGCGGAAAUCUCGGCUAUUUGGGGGAUCUGACGGCAUUUUUUGCGAACGAUGUACCCUUUAGUUUUGCGUGGAGUGAUCCGAACAUACCCAAGAACAGCUACUAUGGCAGGUUCCUCAUCCAGGCCAACCUCGCCCGGCCACAGAGCAUUAAACGAAAGGCCACACCCAUUGCCACCCUGGAAGAGGUACCGGCUAAAGUUUAUACCCAUGAUUAUGUGCCCAAUGCUCAGGCGAAGGCUGCUCGUGGGCAAGUCGUAGCCGCAGAGGAAACAUUGACCCAUGAGAAGGCGCCUGAAGCAGAGAAGGUCCCAGAAACAGAUCAGGCCACAGAACCAGAGCAGGCUACAGAACCAGAGCAGGCUACAGAACCAGAGCAGGCCACAGAAGCGGAAGAGCAGACUAAAGAAGCCCAGAAGACCAUGGAAGAAGAGAAGCCCGUUGCGAUACAGGGUGAAGAGAUCUCCACCAGUUUUGAGGCGCAAUCAGAGGAAGCUCCCAUGCCGAUGGCCAGCACCAGCCGACAAUCUGUGGGCGCCCAUGAGCUGGACUCGGACUCGAACUACAGCUUCUCCGAGCACUUUGAGCUGCCCACGUCGACGACAAGCGACGAGAACGACAUACCAAUGGAGAAGAGUCGCAAAAACAGCCGUCCCAUGGGCCCGAUGCCCGAUAUUAUACCCUUGUCCGGAGGCAAUGAUGAUGAGUUCAACAUUUCCUCCAACAGCCAAGGCAUCUCGAUGUGCAUCAACAGCAGGCGCAUGGAGAGGAUGGACGACAGUGCGGACAACGAGAUGCCGGAUGUACCCUGCGAGGGCAAGAUCAUUAUGGCCCGCGACCUGUCCGAGUACUUGUUCAGCCCAGAGGGCUGGAAGUUUCUUGCUGAGUCCUCCAAGCAAUGCCAGGUAACUGUGCGCAUGGACUUGAUGACCUAUGGCUAUGUCCUGGUGAUCUACGGUCUGAAGGCGCAUCAGGAAGAUCUGCAACUGAAGCUGCUGCACCGCCAUCAGGAGGUCAAGCGCAGGAGCGUUGAGUUCCAGACCCAAAAGCCACCAAAACGCGUUGAUGUCCUUAUCCGUUUCCUAAGGGAUGGCAUUGUAAGCCUCAACAGUCACCUGGGCAAUGCCAAGGCCCUGUAUAGGGCCAUCAAGCAGCAGGAGAAUUUGAACACUAAGAAUGGUUUCAAGUUGGCGGAGAAGAAGCGACGCCAACUCAACAUGAUCCUGGUGGGGCAGGCGGGCCUGUUGAAUGGCAGCACGCACUUGGAUCAACUGCUGGUGCUAUUGCAAACCCUACUGAAAGAUUUCUCGCCUGACGACAACGCCUCGCCGGCGAUGCGCACCGAAAUCGAAGAUCACUGGCGCAUGAUCUUCACCGCGUAUCCCCAUCCCAAGUACGAGGAACUGCUGGAUACCUAUGUCCACUUAGAUCUGAAGAAUCGCCUGCCCACGAUGAACAUUGAUCCUGCGCUCUUGGGACUGCCGCCUCUUCAUAUGGGUAGGGGCCAGCCGACACCACAGCCAACCAGUAAGCGGGCCGCCUCGCCAACGCCACCGUCACCAGCCUGGCAGCAUAUGGCACCGCCACCGCCACCCAAGCAGAAGGCGAAGCAACAGCGAGCAGGUGCAACGCAAGCACAACAGCAACAGCGUCCAGCCGGAACAGGACAGGCCCAGAAGCAGCAACGUGCAGGCGCAGGACAAUCCCAACAGCAGCAACGACAAGGAGGAGGAAAACCGCAACAGCAGCAACGUCCUGGACCAGGGCAACAGCAGCAGCGUCCAGGAGCAGGUCAGCCUCAAAAGCAGCAACGUACAACUGCAGGACAACAGCAGCAGCAACGUCCAGGAGCAGGACAACAGCAGCAACGUCCAGGAGCAGGACAACAGCAGCCACGUCCAGGAGCAGGACAACAGCAGCAUCGACCAGGAGUAGGCCAACAGCAGCAACCAAAACGUGGCCAGUCCAUACAGAUGCCCUUCAACAAUCCCCAGCAACGUGCUCGGGCCGAUCUUCAGCUGCGCAAUCCGGACCAUCAGUUCGCACGACUCCUGGGCGAAGUGAAGCCAAACGCACGUGGCUUGGAUGCCAACAAGCCAUCGGUAUUCUGGUCGCGCGAGUCGCUGCGGUACAUCGAUGAUCUGUUCAAGAUUACAACCCGGCCGGAUAUGCGGGAGCGACUGAAUCGCGUGCUGCAACGAUCGCAGCAGGGCGAACUGUCGCACAACGACUACCGCGCUGUGAUCGAUCUGCACUUGCUGCUGUCGAAUCAAUGAGGGCGACUCAUUGGGGGGAUCUCUUAUAAGGGGAAUGGGAAAGGGCAUGAGAAUGACGAUGAUUUAAAUUGUUUAACAAAAUCCACCAGAUCCAAUAAUGGGUAUCGUAUCUGAAAGAUAGAAUUACCCACAGCAGAAUACCGAAUGAAUAAAUAACUGACUAUUUCAA